AUGAUUACUGGUAAAGAAGAUGCAGCCAAUAACUAUGCUCGAGGACACUACACUGUUGGAAAAGAGAUAAUCGACCUCGUGCUUGACAGAACUCGCCGUCUUGCUGACAAUUGCUCUGGAUUGCAAGGGUUUUUGAUCUUCCAUUCCUUUGGAGGAGGAACUGGUUCUGGAUUUACCUCUUUGUUAAUGGAACGUCUUUCUGUGGAUUACGGCAAAAAGAGCAAACUCGAAUUCUCGAUCUACCCUGCACCACAGGUCUCCACUGCCGUGGUUGAGCCGUACAAUUCCAUCCUCACUACCCACACCACGCUUGAGCAUUCCGAUUGUGCCUUCAUGGUCGACAACGAGGCCAUCUACGAUAUUUGUCGCCGAAACCUAGACGUCGAGAGGCCAAGUUACACGAACCUCAAUCGCAUCAUUUCUCAGGUUGUAUCGUCCAUCACCGCGUCUCUCCGUUUCGAAGGCGCUCUUAAUGUUGAUCUCACCGAGUUCCAAACGAAUCUCGUUCCAUACCCUCGUAUUCACUUCCCAUUGGCCACUUAUUCGCCAUUGAUUUCCGCCGAGAAGGCGUACCAUGAGGCGUUGUCAGUGAGCGACAUCACAAACAUGUGUUUCGAGCCUUGCAAUCAGAUGGUAAAGUGUGAUCCACGAAACGGGAAGUACAUGGCUGUUUGCUUGUUGUACCGCGGAGAUGUCGUUCCAAAAGACGUCAACCAGUCCAUUUCUGCUAUCAAGGCUAAGCGCAGCAUCCAGUUUGUGGAUUGGUGUCCCACUGGCUUCAAAGUUGGUAUCAACUAUCAGCCUCCUACCGUUGUUCCUGGUGGUGAUAUCGCCAAAGUUCCUCGAGCAGUUUGCAUGCUGUCCAAUACCACCGCGAUCGCAGAAGCUUGGGCUCGUUUGGAUCAUAAGUUCGACCUUAUGUAUGCUAAGCGUGCUUUCGUCCACUGGUAUGUCGGAGAAGGUAUGGAGGAAGGAGAGUUCAGUGAGGCACGUGAAGAUCUUGCUGCUCUUGAGAAAGAUUACGAAGAGGUUGGGUCUGAUUCGAACGAGGAAGUAAAAAUGUCGACUGGUGUGAACUCGGUUGUCAUGAUCCCGUUGAAGAAUCAACAAGACGUUAGUGUGGAAUUGGUUGCACCUCGCAACGAUGGAUCCCGUCUUGUUGUUUCUACUCGUGAAACCGACAGAGCUACUGCAGACGAUUUGGUCGGAUUGGCACAACAAUUAUCAACUGCCCGUGAGCUAGUAAAGGGCCGAGCCUGCGACAGGUUAAGAAAUAUUGCCGAACAAAUGGAACAAUUACAAAAGGCUGCUCUUAAAGUUCUUGAAGAAGCUAAACGAGAUGAAGAAUUGCACAGCGUGGCGUGCAAUAUGCAGAAGCAACCUGGGCGUAUUUAUCAUUUAUACCAAAGAAAAGACGGAUACAGGUAA